UACCUAAUCUUCAGUAAAUAUAUUUAUAUAGCACCACAACCAGUGCUAUAGGUCCAUACUGGCUCUAACCUAGAGAGAGAGAGAGAGAUGGUUUCUCAAUUUCCUUCUUCUCCUUUCAUGACCUCUCUAUUCUUUUGUGCUUUUGUUCUAUUUCUACUUCCAGAAUUUGCGUUCUGCAUAACGAGGCAUUACAAGUUCAAUAUUACAUCACACAAUGUGACAAGACUCUGCAACACAAAGAGCAUCCUAAGUGUGAAUGGGAAGUUUCCAGGGCCGCGACUCGUAGCAAGAGAAGGCGAUCAAGUCCUUGUUAAGGUGGUUAACCAUGUCACCAACAAUGUAUCCCUUCAUUGGCAUGGAAUUCGGCAACUGAGAAGUGGUUGGUAUGAUGGACCAGCUUAUAUAACACAGUGUCCGAUCCAAACCGGCCAGACCUAUACGUACAACUUCACGAUCACCGGACAGAGAGGGACUCUAUUCUGGCAUGCUCACAUCUCAUGGUUGAGAUCAACGCUUUAUGGACCGAUCAUCAUCCUCCCCAAGCACAAUGAAAGCUACCCGUUUGGCAAACCCUACAAGGAAGUCCCCAUUAUUUUUGGAGAAUGGUGGAAUGUAGACCCUGAGGCUGUGAUAAACCAGUCACUACAAACAGGAGCUGGACCCAAUGUUUCUGAUGCAUACACCAUUAAUGGCCUCCCAGGGCCUUUGUACAACUGUUCUUCCAAUGAUACAUUUACAUUGAAGGUGAAGCCAGGGAAGACCUACCUCCUCCGACUAAUCAACGCCGCCAUGAACGACGAGCUCUUCUUCAGCAUCGCGAACCACUCUCUCACUGUCGUCGAAGCCGAUGCAGUCUACAUAAAACCAUUCACCACCGACGUAAUUGUCAUCACACCAGGCCAAACCACCAACGUCCUCCUCAAAACCAAACCGCAUUUGCCUAACUCCUCCUUCUUUAUGAUGGCCUCGCCUUACUUCACCGGCAUGGGCACUUUCGACAAUUCCACCGUCGCCGCCAUCCUCCAUUACCAAAACCCAUCAUCAAAAACCAAAACCCAAAUUCCCAAUUUCCCUCUCCUCAAACCCACUCUCCCGCCUAUCAAUGCCACGUCGGUUGUCUUCAAUUUCACACAAAAAUUGAAAAGCCUCGCAUCCCCUAAAUUCCCAGCAAACGUCCCGCAAACUGUCAACAAACAGUUCUUCUUCACAGUGGGUCUCGGGACAAUCCCGUGCCAAAGCAAUGCCACUUGUCAGGGGCCAAACGGAACCAAAUUCGCAGCCUCGGUCAACAACGUCUCGUUUUCUCUCCCAUCGAUUGCUAUGUUACAGUCGCAUUUUUUUGGGCAAUCCAGUGGAGUUUAUUCCUCUGAUUUUCCGGCUAACCCGCCAUUUGUGUUUAACUAUACGGGUUCUCCGCCGAACAACACGAUGGUGAGUAAUGGGACGAAGGCGGUGGUGUUGGGGUUUAAUACCAGUGUGGAGUUGAUUUUGCAGGAUACGAGUAUUUUGGGGGCUGAGAGUCAUCCACUUCAUCUUCAUGGGUUUAAUUUCUUUGUUGUUGGACAAGGGUUUGGGAAUUAUGAUCCAGUGAAGGACCCCAGUGGGUUCAAUUUGGCGGAUCCUGUGGAGAGGAACACUGUCGCAGUUCCCUCCGGUGGGUGGAUCGCCAUCCGCUUCCUUGCUGAUAAUCCAGGUGUAUGGCUUAUGCAUUGCCACUUUGAGGUGCACACAAGCUGGGGUUUGAAGAUGGCAUGGAUAGUGUUAGAUGGGCCACUACCCAAUCAAAAGUUGCCUCCACCACCGUCUGACCUUCCUAUGUGUUGACUUCGACCAAUCCACUUCCUUUACAGGGUUUUCUCGUAUCAAAAAAACAGAAAUUUUUUUUUUUUUUUUCAUUUUAAUUUGCAUAUAUAAUUGUGAUGUCACUUGUGUGUGCCUACUACCCAAAGAGAGAAAAAGUUCCCCAUUUACGGUUUUGUAUACUUUGAUAAUUGGUGUGGAUUGCAGCUAAUAAUUUUUUGGACAAAUCACAUUAUGUCGAUAGAAAAUAAGAGGGAAUUAUUUGUAAGUUUUAUUUGAAAGAUUUAUAUAAGAUAUAGUCUUAUGAAAAAA